AUGUGCGAUUUCUCGAUCGAGGCGAUUCUCGCGAAGCCGACACGCAACGCACCGUGGACAUUUGAGGAUGACGGCGACAUUUCGAAUUGCGAUCCGUCCGGCGUUCACGUUCUUCUGCAGACGUCCGGAUUGUGGCGACGAUUCCACGCGUUGGGCACCGAGAUGAUUGUCACCAAGAGUGGAAGACGAAUGUUUCCAACACUUUCCAUUAUCAUCAAUGGGCUCGAUCCUCUCAAGAGCUAUGUGAUCAUGGUGGACUUGGAAUGUAUUGAACAGAAGAGGUUUCGAUACUCGUUCCAUCAAAGCAAGUGGAUCGCGACAGGACCCGGUGAGAGCGAACUUCCCAGCAGAAUGUUCGUCCACCCAGAUAGUCCUUCAAGCGGUGCUCACUGGAUGCGAGCCCCGGUGAGCUUUGACAAAAUGAAGCUCACCAACAAUCAAUUGGAUAAUAAUGGACACAUAAUUGUAAACUCGAUGCACAAGUACCGCCCACGUGUGCACAUCAUCGACCAAUCCACCAAUCGGACGCACGUUUUCGCGUUUGACGAGACCGAAUUCAUCGCGGUGACUGCUUAUCAGAACCAUCGGAUCACCUCGCUGAAAAUCGAGUCGAAUCCGUUCGCCAAAGGAUUUCGCGAAUGCGAAGUUCAGGAGGCGAAAUUGACGUCGGUUCAAUCGAUUUUUCCGUUCAUUUACCCAUUUUUGCUUCCAAAUUUGAAUUCGAAUAAGUAG